CAGGUAUAAAAGCACAUUUAUGGAUGAUUCCUAUUUACUCUUCUACAAAAGCUGGUGUCGUUCAUUUUUCACGAUGUAUUGCGCAGGUUUGUGAUUCAGAGUCUUUUCAUUGCAUGGUAUAUGGUAAAACUUUAUUUACUGUGCUAAGCCCAACAGCAAGAGCUGAUUUCCAAGAUGGACGUAGAUUUGAAUUUCAAAACUACAUUAAAAAAAUACAAAUACAGUCAUUACACUUAGAAUUACAUGAAGUCAUUACAAUUACAAUAAGUUGAACACAAAAUAAGGUAUAAGUAAACAGGAAAUAUACAGUUGAAAUUUGAAUAAGAUUAAACAAUUAGGGACACUAUUUCAUUAAUUGACUUCACUGGCCAGGUGUCACAAUACUUGUACACUCCAGGAGUUAUUGCACGUAAGCUGGAUUUUCUACCACUUCUUGAAGUUGUAAGAAUAUUUCUGGAGUUGUAAAUGGAAAUUACUGGAGUUGUUAGUUUUCAUUUUUACUUCCCAUUCCUUCAUUCAUUUCAACAGGAACAACAACACAUAAGGUUUAGCCUCACAGUAAUUUAGACGCGAUUUUGACUGAUGUGUAAAAUCAGCAACUAAAUUACGAAAUGGAGUGAAAAUUUUAACAUAUUAACAACUGCAUGAUUAACAGCAACUUUUAGCAAUCUCGCCCAAGGUGCAUGUAAUCCCGUGAUGAUUAAAUUGACAGGCAGUGGCGGAGACUGGGAAGAGGGGGCAACAGCCUCGGCCCUUUUUUGAAAGCCUCUGAAUAAUUCUGUAACAACAUUUUAACAAUGAGAUAAAUUUUAACAACCCUGUGACAAUAUUAACAAUGAGAGAUGCACUGAUAGGCUACAAAUUAAGCUAUUAAUACUGUAUGUUGCAUUAAAUUUAAAGCAAACAAGUCUAAAUAAAUAAAAGAAUUAAGAUUUCCUGCAGCCACGAAAAGUGGUCAUAUGUUGGCAACCUAAUUUGCCCCUCCCCCCCCCCCACCUCCAAUAUUUCACGAAGUGGCCGCCACUGUUAACAGUUGAGUAACGAAUUUCUCCACGUUUUACAGUAGAUACCGAAUUUGACUUCUCGUGUUAGUAACAUGCACAAAAAUGUAGUUAACCACAGUCCUGCAUGGCUAAUUUAACCAGGAUUCCACCUCCGAAGAUAUGCUAAUAACGUUUAGUACAUAUUUUCCCCAUUACCCCAGAUAUAGACAUCGCAUGAAAUAUAACCACUAAGCCACCAACUACUUUUUCAGUCAUCGCCACGUGAUCAUGGUGUACGAGUGAACUGCAUAUGUCCGGCUGGUGUUUACACAGACAUGGUAUCCAGCUUCCUUAAUUCUACAUGGGAAGGAAGGUACAAACCUCCUCAGGAACUUGUCGAUCACAUGCCGAAAACUGACGAAGCGGCCCGGAAGAAGUACUUGAAGUAUGUUCAUUUUGGGCAUGUUAAAAUUCAGGAGUUCUGGAUAUUAUACCGAAUAACUAAUUUUUACAAUUCGGUUAUAAUUAGUAUAGGUAAUCAUGCGAUGUUGCUCGUACAAUUAGGGAUUACUAGUACGAGUGAUGUUUGGAAAUUUUGCCAAAAUUGGACGAGCCACCGGGGCGAGUCGCCGCCGGACGAUUAUUAGCAUGACAAAAUUGGAUACUUCUCAUUGUCAACAUCAUAUUCUCUCGCCAAAGCCCGGCUGCCAGACUUUUAACCAAAAUUUUGUGCUUUUGUUCGUAUUUUCAUUUAGUUCUUUUAUUAAAGCAAAAAUUGGUGCUUUUGUUCGUAUUUUCAUCUAGUUCCUCUAGAGCAAUUUCAGUUCACGUUUGUGUUUAAAAUACCUUUCCGGCAUUUUGUUUGUUUUGGGAAAAUCAUUAAUUGUACUGCGGUACAAUUAAUGAAAUAAUUGUACUCCUCUCAACCAAUCAGCAUCCAGUAAUUUUGUCAUGCUAAUAAUAAUGUUUAUAAAGAAACCUGUCAAGAGAUAGGCAAGAGAUAGGGUUUGUUCACGUUUUGUUUGCUUGAUAAAAUAGUGACCUUAAGCAUCGAAACAUUGCCGUCCGGGACAUUGUUUAAUGACCGAGCUUUCCUGGGAAAAGCCAUAGUUUUGUUUACGUUUUCUCCAAAACUCAAUACAAUGUAAACCCACGUCCUGGACAAAACCUUGACUGCGUCCUGGCGGUAUUACGUCACACGAAAAUCAUUUCCGGUCAACGUCCCGGACGGCAAUGUUCUCGAUGCUUAAGGUCUCUAAUAUAAUUAAAAGCGCGCACGGGUAGAAAUUGUUUUGACCCAAUUCGCAAGCGCGACAAGAUUGGACUCUCCUGAGGAAAAUAACCAUACAAAAUGUUUUUAACCCUGUGCAUUUUACCUGCGUUUUUUUAUUUUGUUCCCAUCAAAUGAAGUGUCCUGAAAUUAGUUACCUCAAGUGAAGGCAAUUUUUCACCCUAGUGCUCCCCAGUGAUUUACUCUAAUUUGUUAAUUGGCAACGUAAAUAUGGAUAACUGAUUGAUGGUAUUAAAAGCAAUUAUAAAACUGUUAUAGCCAUGCACCUUUAAAAGUUAUGUUAGUCAUUGAACAUGGAUUAAAUGUAAUUUACCAUACUUUUAUUUAUGAGUAUGGGAUAUGUCAAAACCUCAAAUUCGAACUGAACCUCGGAUCCCGUCAUCGGAGCUAGCCCUAUAGACCUUGGCUUCGCCUGGAAUAAUCGGCUUGGACUUGAAAUCUGGCCUAGUUCUCAUUUUCAGUUUUGAAAUAUUGGAUUUCAUACCGUUUUUAAUUCUGACGAAUGCUAAACCUUCUUUCCUAGACCGUCAGACGUUGGCAAUGAAGUGAUGAAACUCAUAAAUGACGAGUCAAAAAACGGUCAAGUGUUAUUAAUCACAAAAGAUCCAGAGGGUCCCACGCAGGUGAAGGUUGAAAACAUCGAGUUAAAAUAACUGACGUUAUGUACACUUAUUAUCAAGUUUGAAAUGCUCAAUGUUCGCCAAUAGAAUCCAUCUUCUUAGAACUGCCUCCUGCAAUUUAGUCAGUUUGAUCAUCCUACAGUAAGUCCGUGUUUUUUUUUCUUUAAUAUAAAAAUUGUUCACUGUAUAUAGCCUGUUCACUGUAUUUGCCGUUUUUU